CUGGGCUCGGGUGCGCCAGCUUCACCUCUAGCUCCCGUUGUUUCAAACGGGGCGAUCCACCUUGGCGCGCAGCACCCACGACGGCAUCGCACCUGGCAACCUCCCACGCCUCCCACCUCGCGUGCUCUCUGCGGCGAUUCCUUGCUGUCGCCCGUCGCCCGUCCAGCGCUGCACCUCGCCCCGUGCCCGCCCGUGCCCGCCGUGCCCGCUCCGCUGCCCCCGCGUGGACGGUCCUCGCUGCCCAGCGCCCGCGUUAUUAUUCAGCCUCCGUCUCUCCAUGUCCACCGCCGCCGCGACCCCCCCCAGCGCUCCCAAUGCUCUGACGCCCGCCGCGACCCCCGGCCCGCACCUGAAAAUGUCCUCGUCGGCCAAAGGCAUUGACGCACCGCGCAAGCCCGCCAGCCCCGUCGACGCCGCCCAGAGGAAGCCGCCCGCGCCCAAGGCCUGGUCGCAGGGCACGAAUCCCAUCACCCAGCGCCCGUCGAACCCCGCGCCCACCAACGGCGCCGCCGCCUCCCCAAAGCCCGCCGCCCCGCGCGAGACGGCCACGCCAAUGCGGCACCUCAGCGACCGCAUGAUGUACCUGCUGGCCAACCUGACGGGGCUGCCCGGCACCAUCACGCUCAAGAACGGCGCGCGCUACUCGGGCGUGCUGUCGGGCACGUCGCUCGACCCCAGCGAGCUGCGCUACGUCUUCAAGAUGGUCAAGCAGCUGCAGCCCGCCGGCUCCGCCGCCAAUGGCCAGCCCGCCGACGAGUACGCCGGCCAGGGCGAGUCGUACGUCAUGUCCUUCGACAUGAGCGACGUCGCCGACUUCAACGUCAACCACGUCGUGCUCGACAAGACCCAGGCCAAGCAGAACGGCGCCGCCGCCUUCCGCACCGACACGGACAUCUCGGGCCACCUGGCCAUCCGCGAGCGCAACCUGCAGAAGUUCGAGUUCACCGAGCCCGACACCAGCCUCGAGCUCGGCACGGCUAGUGUCGCCGGCUGGGACCAGUUCGCGACCAACGACCGCCUCACCGGCCAGCGCAGCACCUACGACGAGAACGAGUACACCACCGCCAUCGACCGCAACAACCCCGAGUACGCCCGCCGCGCCGCCCGCGCCGACCGCAUCGCCCGCGAGAUCGAGUCCAGCUCGGCCACCAACUCGCACGUGCGCGAGGAGCGCGUCUCCUACAACCCCAACAGCGUCGAGGACCAGGGGCUGGACGAGGAAGACAAGUACAGUGGCGUUCGCCGCGACUUCUCCCCCCUGUCGAGCGGUCAAGCCAACCGAUACACGCCCCCCGCGCGACGCGCUCCGAGUGCCCAGGCCACCGUCCAGGGCGCGCCCGUCGAUCCCGCCAUCCUGUCGUCCACCAUCGCCCACCCCGACUCUGCUGCCGCCAAGGCCGCGCAGCAGACGGCGCCGCCUGUUGAGAAGCCCGCCGACGUCCCUGCCGCGCCUGCCACGGUACCUUCGCAGCCAGAGGCGCCCAAGGAAGCCAAGGAGACCGCCGCCCCGGCCGACACCCCUGUCGUCACGCAGAAGCCCGCCGCGGCCAAGCCCGUCAUCGCCGCUAUUCCCCCACGCAAGGUCGCCAAGCCGCACGACGCCACGACCAACGUCGAGCACGACCUGCUGGACUCGUUCAAGGCCUUCUCCGCUGCUGAAAAACUGCGCAUGUCCGAGAGACAACGCAGCAUUGCGCGCGAAAACAAGGCGGUAAAGUUGAACGACCUCAAAAAGUUUGCCCUCAACUUCAAACUCAGCACGCCCGUGCCCACCGACCUUGUGCCGAUUCUCGCUAAAGAUGAGACAAAGCAGGCUGCGAUUGUCGAAAAGGCCCUCAAGCAGGCUGCGGAGACCAAGUCGUCGCCGCCCAAGACAUCGUCCGCUGUCUCAGACCCGAAAGCAGCCGCACGCGCACCCGCAGCCAAGCCCGACGCCGCCAGCACGUCGCCCACCGACCGCCAGGCCCAGCGCCCCCGCCCCGGACAGUCGGCCUACCAGUCGGCCACCAUGCGCGACCGCCCGCACCAGCCGCCCGCCCAGCCGCCCGCGCGCAGCCAGGGCAUGCUCAGCACGCGCCUGCAGCAGAACCAGCAGCAGCACAAGCAGGGCGGCCAGCCCUACAACGGCGUGCCCCAGCCCAUCCCGGCCCAGGACAUGCGCGCGCCGGCCGGCCCCUCGCAGACGUCGAGCGGCGUGCAGACCCCCGCGUCGAAUGCCUCGCUGCGAUUCAACGUCCGCGCCCACGAGUUCAAGCCCAACCCCGCCGCACACACCUUCCAGCCCGGCGGCAACACCAGCGCCGCGUCCAGCCCCAGGCCCGACUCUGCGGCGUCCCGGCCCGAGUCGCGCAAGCCCGCCAUCACCAGUUUCUUCGGCGGCCAGCGUCCGACGCUGAAGAACGUCGACCUCAAGGCCGCCUUCAGCCCGUUCGACCGCCUGGCCAAGUCGGCGUCCGAGGCCGACAAGAAGCACAACGCCGGCAUCCCGUUCUCGCAUCGCACGCCGCCCACGUGGGACUUCCCCGAGUCCAACAAGGACAAGGGCUACAAGGAGCUCUUCGAGCAUGCGCCGCCGCCGCAGAUGCUGGGCCCGCACAACGGCAUGGCAAACGGCCCGAUGGCCCACCAGCACCAGCUGCCGCCGCACCUCCAGGGACCACAAGGCAUGCAAGGACAGCCGCAGCACACGCCCCGCGGCCCCCACGUGCAGCCGCACCACCAGGGUCCGCCCCACUUCGAAGCGCCGCACAUGCAGUUCUCGCACUCGUCGUCCUCGGUCCAGCCCUCGCCGCGCCAGAUGCCGCCGUACGUGUACAACGCGCAGCCCCAGCAGAUGCCCGGUUACCCGCAGCAGAUGCAGGUCCCCCAGUACGGCAUGAGCCCGGGCAUGCAGCACGUUGCGCUCCGCGGCCCCCAGGGCGGCCAGUUCGUCAACGGCCCUGGGCCGCAGAUGGGCGGCCACAUGAUGCAGCAGAACCCGUCGAAUGGACCGUUCAUGGGCAUGCCUGGGCAGCCGCAGAUGCAGAUGUAUGCGCAGCCCGGCUACCCCCAGCACGGAUACAUUCCCCCGGGCGCCAACGGCUUCCCGAGUCCUCGCCCGGGCGCGCCAAUGAUGAGCCACCAGGGAUCGAACCAGGGCCACCAGCCGAUCAUGUACAUGCCGCAGGGCGCGCAGGGCCCGCACAUGUACCAAAUGCCGCCUGGGUCGAUGACGCCGAUGCGCGGCCCCUACCCGCAGCCCCACCAGCCCCAGUACGGCUCGCCCCACCAGCAGCACCAGUUCCCGCACCCGGCGCACCGCGGCACCCCGAGCACCACCUACGCCCAGCCCAUGCUGCACCAGCACUCGCAGCACCAGCACGCCCCGCCCACGGGCCCCGCCGCCCACGCCGCCGAGAACGCCGACGAGCCCAAAUGAGCACCCACUGUCCCCGUGACUCCACACGGCGGCGCACGGUGUUUCAGAGGAACGCCCGCGCCCGUGCGCAGUCACCAUGUUAUAGCAUAGCGAGGCGUUGGACGGCGAGGGAGGCGCACGCGCCAGGCGGUAAAAGUGAAUGAGAUGGUGAUGGAUGGAGAUGGUGAUGGAGAUGCAGGGUGCAAGAGCGACGGCGCCGUCUUGGACUGAACUGGCCUCGGCGCGCUGCGAGGGUGCGCGAAGAAUUCCGUUGCGGAGGCGGCGCGUUGGGCGUGCGUGCGUGCGUGUGGCUGUCUGUGUGUGUAUGUGUGUAGCAGUGUAGCAGUGUAGUCCAGUCAAGCAAAGUCCAGCCAAGUCCAGCCAAGUCCAGCCAAGUCCAGUCAAGUCAAUUGAAGUCAACUCAACUCA